CGCCAUGCGAGGGCAGCAGCGCCGCGUUUGUCGGUCCGGCGCGGAUGGCGGACAAGAUGGCGGCUCCCAUGGAGCUGAGCUGCUGGGGAGGCGACUGGGGGCUGCCGUCCCUGCACCCGGAGUCUUUAACCGUCAUGGCUUAUGCCAAAUUUUCUGGUGCUCCCCUGACGGUGAACACUGUAAACUCUUGGAGAGCUCCAAAAGGAGAUGUACCAGUCUUGGUAUCAGAAGACAUUGUUAUUUCUCAGCCAGCAAAAAUACUAAGCUUCUUAAGAAAGCAGAAGUAUAAUGCUGAUUACCAAUUGUCUGCAAAACAAGGAGCUGAUACACUGGCAUAUAUUGCACUACUUGAAGAGAAACUGCUUCCAGCUCUACUGCACACUUUCUGGGUUGAGGCUGAAAAUUACUGCAGUGUGACAAAACCAUGGUUUGCCUCAAGAAUUCCCUUCCCACUGAGUUUGUAUCUGCCUGGAAAGAUGUCCAGGGAAGCUCUGAACAGGAUCUUGCUGACCAGGGGAGGGCCUCCACUCUACAGUCUCACUGAAGUGGAAGCACAGAUAUACAGGGAUGCCAAGGAGUGCCUAAAUCUCCUGUCGAAGAGAUUGGGAACAUCUCAGUUUUUCUUUGGAGAUAUGCCUACGACCUUGGAUGCCUAUGUGUUUGGUUUCCUUGCACCGAUUUAUAAAGUGUGCUUCCCCAGAGUACAAUUACAAGAGCAUUUGAAACAGCUUUCCAAUCUGUGUCGAUUCUGUGAUGAUAUUUUAACUUGCUACUUCAGGUUAACUGUCUCAGGCCACUCUCCGGCUGGACAGGAUACAGCAGAUGCUAAUCUGCAGAAACUCACACAGCUUGUAAAUAAGGAAUCCAACUUGAUUGAAAAGAUGGAUGACAACCUUCGAAAGAGUCCUCAGCACCCCCCUCGGAAGCUAUCAACACUCAAGCUGGCUGCAGGUGGAGAAGAAAGCAGUCCAUUGAAUCGUUUGUCACCUUGACAGCUUUUGUUGCCCAUACACGUGUUUGCCUUCAGCUCUUCUGGGCGUCACAGUAAAUUUUUUCACACGAAUGUCAUUUUGCAAGAGAAGAGCCUGCUAAUGCCUAUGAGUAAGGAAGAAAUAACACGCUACAGUCGCCUACCUACCUGUUCUUUUAAGAGAUUGCAUAGUUCAGACUGACCACACACUGAGCUGGGGCUAAAGUAAACAAGACGCUUGUUGCUGCAGAUGUUAAAGUGAUUUUGUACAGCGUAGUUCUGCCUCUAGCCUAGCAAAAAUGUUGACCAAAAUUUAAGUUUCCACUUACGGAAUGUUCACCGCUAUUUUAUUGUGUGGCUUUUGAUUUUACUGUAAUCAUGUUACUUACUAUAUGUGAGUGGAUAUAUGGGUAUAUUCUUUUAUCUGCCUGGAAAUUACAAAGUUCAGUUGCACAAUUGGUGAAAAGUCAGGAAAAUACGAAAUGGCAGCUGAGAAAUGAAAAGCAGUGCGAAGAAGUUAAGUAUUUACUGUUGUAUUUUAAUGAACACUUUUAAGUCUUGCUUUUUUUUUUUUAAGGUUGUUUUUAUUUUUGAAAGCUUAUUAUGUUAUACUUUGAGGCAGAUUGCUGAAGUGUGUGUGCUUUGAGGAGUACAAUUAUACACAAUACUGUCAUUUCACAGGUACUUGGUAUUAGUCCGGUGUGAAACAGGCUUAACCAGUGCACCUGUGCCAAAAUGGGGAUACAUAAUUUUUAUUUUAUUGUAUGUGUGGGAUGACUGUUCUGUUUUUUUGCUUUUUCUUGCCAAAUCCAAAUCUUCUUCCAUUCAGCUACUAGUCACAUUUGAGAUACGUAGAUAAGUUAUUUCCUAUUUAUACAGACAAGACUGUAGAUUGUAUACAUAUUGUACUUUCAGAUUCAAUAUGUAAGGAAUGUAACAUUAACAUUUCUUAAUUAUAAUUGAAAUGUUUGAUUUCUAAUGAGCACUUUAAAAUAAUGUUUAAGCUUCACGCUCUCAUUGUUGAUUUGUUUCAGUGAUCUGAAAUUAAUCUAGCUCAUUCAUGGUAAUUGUAUAGCCUGACAGUCCACUACUUGUAAAAGUAAGUAAAAUGUCUAAAAUUUUUACUGCCUGUGAGGUUUAAAUGAGAUGAAGCCACAUGGAUUUUCAAAGUCUUUAAUUUAUAAACAUGGCUAAAUAUAUGAAGAUUAUGCCUUAGUUUGCUGCUUUUGUGAACAUGUACACUCAGUCAUAAAAUCUCUUUGUAAAAAGGUCAUUGUUCCAAGACUAAAAUUUUGGAUUUUUAGUGGAGUUUUGGUAGGGUUUUCUAUGGAAAUAAUGCCAGGUUUUUGAACAUUUUUAUUUUUCCAUGUGAGAAGGUUUAUCUUGUCCAUAAAAAAGUCAAAAUAAAAACUGCUGACUUA